UUUUUCACGUCUACACGCGUAUGAAGUCUUAUAAGAUAAAUAUUAUAUUCUUUUGUUCACUUUUGGCAUUAUUUAUCCUGAGUUAUUCUCAAGAUAGUGAUAAACAUGAUAUAAAAACUACCCCUGCAUUUUUAAUAGCAUCUAAAAUAUUAGUCAAUAAAUAUGUUGCUCAAGAUAAAGACCUAAUCAUUGUUUUUAAUAUUUAUAACAUUGGAGAUGAUGCUGCUUAUGAUAUUACGUUGAAGGAUAAAAUAUUUGAUGCAGAUUCUUUUAUUACAGAACAUGGUAUAGCAGAUGUUAAAUGGGAUAAGAUUAAUGCUAAAGAAAAUGUCACGCACUCUAUAAUAUUGAAACCUAAAUUUGCAGGCAAUUAUAACCUAACAUUUGCAGAGAUAUCAUAUCUUGAUUCACCCAAUUCAGUUAAACAUCAAUCAUUCUAUACAAGUGCUCCUGGUGUUGUCCAUAUUAUACCGUUGAAGGAAUAUCAAAAAUUGUUUUCAUCUCAUCUGUUACUUUAGUUACAACCAUAAAAAGAUUACUAGUUCGGUAACUGGGACAGUUUCAAUCCAUAAAUUUUUUAUCAAUCUAAUCUGAUAUUUUCUAAUAUUCAUAUAAAACCAAUAUUUUCUAUGGAAACUUGUAGUCCAACUUCUGUUUUUAUAAAAUGACCAUUUUAUACUUACAUAAUUUUUAUUUUUUUUAAUUUAUCAUUGUGCAACAAAUUGUUAUAAAAAUAAAUUUUAUUAAAUUUAAACAUCUUAACAUUUAACCUUUUUAAUG